ACACACACACACACACACACUUACACUUAGACUCGCUCUUUCCCUCUUACACACACUUCCUCAUACACACCGUGUGUUGUGUUCUCCGGUCACUUUGUUAAGCACCAGAAAGGACUAGUUUACGCAGAUUUCUUGGUCGUUUCUCUGAGGUGUGUGUUCACCAUGGCUCCGUUCCUGCGGAUCGCCUUUAACGAUUUUAGUUUGGGAAGCCUUCCUCCUUUGACCGAUGCACCGUUCUGUGCCAUCAAGAUGAAGGAGUCUCUCAGCACGGAGCGGGGAAAGACUCUCGUCCAGAGGAAGCCCACCAUGUACCCAGCGUGGAAGUCCACUUUUGAUGCUCAUAUCUACGAAGGCCGUGUGAUCCAGGUUCUCCUGAUGAAGACUGCUGAGGAGCCUCUCUCCGAGGCCACAGUGGGUGUGUCUGUCCUUGCGGAGCGCUGCAAAAAGGGCAACGGACGAGCAGAAUUCUGGGUAGACCUGCAGCCCUCUGGGAAGGUCAUGAUGUCCGUGCAGUUCUUCGUUGAAGAUACUGACUUGGAGAGCAAGGCAUCAACCAGGGUGAAAGAGGACGACGGGAUUUUAACACUGAAUCGAAGAAGAGGAGCCAUCAAACAGGCCAAGGUUCACUUCAUCAAAAACCACGAGUUCCUCGCCACCUUCUUCAAACAGCCUACGUUCUGCUCCGUCUGCCGAGAGUUCGUCUGGGGACUUAACAAACAAGGCUACAAAUGCAGACAGUGCAAUGCGGCCAUUCACAAGAAGUGCAUUGAUAAGAUCAUUGGGAGAUGCACAGGAACGGCAGCCAACAGCCGAGACACUGUGUUCCAGAAAGAGCGCUUCAAGAUUGACAUGCCACAUCGCUUCAAGACGCACAACUACAUGAGUCCUACCUUCUGCGAUCACUGCGGAAGUCUGCUUUGGGGAAUGGUCAAGCAGGGCCUCAAAUGUGAAGACUGUGCGAUGAACGUCCACCACAAAUGCCAGACAAAAGUAGCCAACCUCUGUGGUAUAAACCAGAAACUUCUAGCCGAAGCUCUGACUCAAGUUAGCAUGAAAUCCUCCACAAAACGUCCUGAUCCCACUCUGUCAGACAUUGGCAUCUAUCAGGAUAUAGCCAAACGUGUGCCGUUGGACCCUAGUGCAGAUACUACUCCAUAUGACAAGCUGUGGGAUGGUCACACUCCCACACCUUCCGCCGUCCCACACCAAACACAUUCCACACGCCUCUCCAUUGACCAGUUUGAGUUUCACAAAGUGUUGGGUAAAGGCAGCUUCGGCAAGGUGCUGCUGGCAGAGCUGAAGGGCCGCGGCGAGUUCUUUGCAGUGAAGGCGCUGAAGAAGGACGUGGUACUAAUGGACGACGACGUGGAGUGCACAAUGGUGGAGAAGAGGGUGCUAGCGUUAGCCUGGGAAAACCCCUUCCUCACGCACCUCUACUCCACCAUCCAGACCAAGGAGCACUUAUUCUUUGUGAUGGAGUAUCUAAAUGGAGGAGAUUUGAUGUUUCACAUUCAGGAUAAAGGCAGAUUUGAUCUUUACAGAGCCACGUUUUAUGCUGCUGAAAUUAUUUGUGGCCUGCAGUUCCUACAUUCCAAAGGCAUUAUUUACAGGGACUUGAAGCUGGAUAAUGUGAUGCUGGACAGAGACGGCCACAUUAAGAUCGCAGACUUUGGCAUGUGUAAGGAGAACGUGUUUGGAGAGAAUCGCGCUACCACUUUCUGUGGAACACCUGAUUACAUCGCACCAGAGAUCUUAUUAGGGCAGAAAUACACAUUCUCGGUGGACUGGUGGUCAUUUGGAGUGCUGGUUUAUGAGAUGCUGAUUGGCCAGUCGCCGUUCCAAGGUGAUGAUGAGGACGAGUUGUUUGAGUCGAUCAGGAUGGACACGCCUCACUACCCGCGCUGGAUCACCAAGGAGGCCAAGGACCUGCUGGAAAAGUUAUUCGAGCGGGAACCCACCCGCCGGCUUGGUGUCGUGGGGAACAUUCGUGGACAUGCCUUCUUCAAAACAAUCAACUGGCCUGUACUUGAGAAGCGAGAGGUCACUCCCCCCUUCAAGCCUAAAGUGAAAUCCCCCAACGACUGUAGCAACUUUGACCGGGAGUUCCUGAGCGAGAAGCCCCGCCUCUCACACAGCGACAAGAACCUGAUCGACUCCAUGGACCAGUCGGCGUUCGCCGGCUUCUCGUUCAUCAACCCCAAGAUGGAGGUCAUUCUGGAGAAAUGAAACAUGUCCCUCAUUGCUGUAACCGAGACUUCACCUCACAUACACACACACACACACACACACACACACACAAUCGUAUUCAGAGGGCGCUGGUGCUCUCGGGGUCCAUCCAGUGUUAGACACAGCCACCAUCUGCAGGGUCUAAACCACAAAUACUCACGUUUCCUUGCCCUCACACACUCUGCCCAAGCUUGCUGUUCUGCUCAUAAUGUGAAUGAAGUGUUUUAGACCAGGAAGGUACAGACACAGAUCAGUGUGAACAGAACCUGCUCACAAACAAAUGCCACUGUGCCCUCUAGGGACCAAGUACUGAAUAUGCUUAUGGUUCUCUUUUUCUUUCUCAUGAUCAAGCCCUGCAAUCGAAUGAACUGUAUCUUACGUACUGUAUUUUGGUGUUAUAAUAUAGGAAGAUGUGCAAAUGCUUAAUCUGCAGCUUAUUUGGUUGACAGACAGGAAAACUGCUCCCACUCACAGCUUAGACCUCAUUUUCCACGUGGAAUCCAAAUGCUAGCCUUGUCUGGACUGGGAAUCUUAGAUUGUUACUCUGGGUUUCAAUCCCAGUGAUUCUGCUUACUCCUCAGCAGUGUUGCUUUUAUUAUUUUUUUCUAGUGUUGCACUUUUUUAACGCUUGCUUUUACACAAGGUUUUCCCUUAAAUCAAGAAGCAGGAGUGCUCUAUGAAGCUGGAUUCAUUUAGUAAUUUGAGAUUUUUCAGAUCAGAAAAUCUAGCCUGCUAAUCCAAGAACACACUCCUUUGUUCUAGAAACUACAGCCUGAAAGAAAUCAUGCUUUUGUUCCUAUGGUCUAUGGUACUAGAUUUUGCUACAGAAUAAAAAGUGGGUGGAGGUUUAAUAUCUGCAUAAAUUAAUAAUUGAGAUAUAGUAUAUAUAAUGUUAUUAAACAUGUAAGGGUUUUAAAAAAAAGAAUUAAGAUUGUAUAUAUAUAAAUGUAUGUAUAUUGUUCUGACCUGUUGUCAUUAUUGGGAAGAUAAGGAUUUUUUUUUAAAAAACUGUUAUUACACUUUAAAACUCAAUAUAAUAAAAAGCAUCUUUAUCCCAGAA